CUUUGGAUGAAGACGUCAUGUCAUUUCUAUUCCGUUCGCCAAAGGAAAUUGAAACGGGAAUCUAGGUCGUCAGUAUUGAUUUUUGCAAUAUCCUUCAAACAAAAGGCGCAGCUCCGCAUCGUUGAACGCUACAAGCUUCAUGAAUUCCUGAAACCAGAUAAAACAACAAAUAAAUAUGCCUGACGCGGAGCUGACAGCUCCGACCGUCGAGAAUGUUCGCGUCGUGGUCAGAGUCCGUCCGAUGGAUCAGCGGGAGAAAUUGGACGGGUCAUACAACUGUGUCUCCGUGGAUGCCCUGAACAACACAGUAGCUGUCACCAGGAACAACGUGACUCCACCGGAACCACCCAGGGUUUACGCUUACGAUGCAGUCUUUGACAGCAAUACUAGCCAGAUGGACAUAUACGUUCAGACAGCAAGUCCUAUAGUGGAACAAGUUCUUAAAGGGUACAAUGGGACUAUCUUCGCGUACGGACAGACGGGGACAGGCAAAACCUACACAAUGGCUGGCAGCAACACCGCACCAGAGUUACGGGGGAUCAUUCCAAACUCCUUCGCGCAUAUUUUCAGCCAUAUUGCUAAAGCUAAUGAGGAUGAGAAAUUCCUCGUAUGUGUGACGUACUUGGAGAUUUACAAUGAGGAGGUGCGCGACCUCCUUGGUAACAAUCCUCACCAGAGCCUCGAGGUGAAGGAGCGCCCAGACAUCGGGGUCUUCGUGAAAGACCUGACAGGCUAUGUGGUUCACAACGCGGAUGAGCUAGAGAAAAUAAUGGCGGUUGGCAACAAAAACCGUCAUAUAGGCGCCACGGCUAUGAACACUGAGAGUUCCCGGUCUCACGCCAUCUUCUCCAUCACAGUGGAGAGCAGCAAGAAAGGCGCGGACAAUAAGAUGCACGUCAAGAUGGGAAAGCUACACCUUGUGGAUUUGGCUGGUUCAGAACGGCAAAGCAAGACGCAGGCAACGGGCACUCGUCUGAAAGAAGCAACUAAAAUCAACCAAUCUCUCUCAGUGCUGGGCAACGUGAUCUCAGCGCUGGUCGACGGGAAGUCCACUCACAUACCGUACAGGAACUCUAAACUGACCCGAUUACUGCAAGACUCGCUCGGAGGCAACUCUAAGACUGUUAUGAUAGCUACCAUAGGGCCGGCGGACACGAACUACGUUGAGACAAUAAGCACGCUCCGUUACGCGAACCGCGCGAAGAAUAUCGAAAACAAGACUCAUGUUAACAGCGAGCCGGGAGACGCAUUGCUUACCAGAUUCCAACAGGAGAUCGACCAACUCAAGAAACAACUUGAUGAAUGCACUAAUGAAGAGGAAGAAGUUGAAGAAGAAGGCGAGGGAGAGUUAUCAGAAGAGGACUUGUCAGACGAUACUCUUACUGAUCCGGAGGCCGACGUACUGGACCCUACGGAGAAGAAGAUCAGACGCAAGCUAAGAAGGGAGGAGAAGGAGAAACUGAACAGAGAGAAAGCUCAUCUCGCACGAAAGGUCCUUGAAGAGAAGAAAGCUGAACUGCAGAGAACUAAAAAACAACAAGAGGAGCUUAAGGAUAAGCUUCAACGUCUAGAGUCCAAAGUGUUAGUGGGCGGCGAGAACUUGCUGGACAAAGCGGACGCCCAGCGCCAGCUACUGGAGCAAGCUGCUAGAGAACUCGAGCUUAGAAGGCUCAAUGAGCUACGGUUGCAGGAGGAUUUGCAGAAGAAAGAGGCUGAACGUCUAGAUCUAGAAGAAAGAUAUUCAAGUCUUCAAGAAGAAAAUGCAGCGAAAACUCGCAAGUUGAAGCGAGCGGUACAACUCCUGAACUCCGCUAAGGCAGAGCUGGCUGACCAGCAGCGGGAACAGCAGAGGGAAAUGGAGGGAAUCCUGGACAGUGUGAGGGCCCUCAAGAGGGAAAUACAACUCGCUGACCUUGUACUAGAUUCUUAUAUUCCUAAGGAGUAUCAGGCUUUGAUCGAGCAGUACGUCCACUGGAACGAGCAGCUGGGCGAGUGGCAGGUCAAGUGCGUCGCGUACACCGGGAACAACAUGAGCGCGCCGCAUCACUCCGCCACGCAUGCGCACACCAAACAUGUUGAACCCCCAGACCUAUCGGACCGCUACCUCUCCUACGGCUCAGUGAGCAGUCGUCCCGGCACUCGCCUGGCUCGCCCUCACACCUCCGCCGUACCGCGACCUCACACCGCCCUCCGUCAAAGGCAGUAAUCAACACAUAUAUUACUAUCGGCCCGUACAUGCUUCGCUAUAUAAUACAAGAAGAACCGCUCGACAGAUUUUGUGCAAACUUCAUAUACAGUGUGGUAGGUUAAAUGAGGGACCACAGACAACUCAACCUAAAGACCGC